UAUGAUAAAAAACAGCGAGCCAACGUAGCGCCGCGAUAGCUCGUAGGAACUCCGUGCCAAGCAAUGGAGGCUCGUUUUCAAUAAAGAAUUCCCUUGAUUGUACGAAAUGUGUUUUUGAGUGUGUGAAAAGUGUAGUUUUCGUGUGAUAGUGAGACUUCCUCAGAUAUUAACGCCACUGCACACGCUGCCGUAGAUCUCUACUGGCAUGGAGCUGGGAGCGCACUGAUAGUGAUAAUUUAUGAGAUCUUGGUUUCUAUGCAUUGCCUGCCAAAGAAGAACUGAGCCCAAUGUUUCCACACAAUUCUAGUUCACAUGAGAUUUCUACAGAAACAAAUGCCUUCGUACAAAAUUCCAUGGGGGAUGAAGUAGUAUUAGGGGAAAGCAGUCUGUAUUGGGAGGGGGAACGGGAAAGAUCAGAGCCCUUUAGGUACUGUGAUAUCGAAUCCAUAAACAGCAACAAGAUGGCAGUAUGUACUGACCAUCCGAAAGCUACCGCCGCCAAUGACUCUUCAACCGUCCUGCCAAGCCAAACCAGUGAGUUAAGCUCAGCUGGUAUAGGUAAGGCCUGCCAGUCAGUGGCGCCAGUAACCACAAAAAACCCAACAAAUCUCUUUCUAACUUACGAUAAUAAUAAGGUAAAUAACCACAACAAUGCAGAACAUAAUCAUCACAAGUACAGAAAGCAAAACACACUGGGCUUGCUUGGUCAGCUGGGCAGCUCCGCCAAUAACUCUAAGUCUACUUUUAAGACAUUAAGUGAUAAUAAGGAUAGCUUUAGAGAUGUAAGAGUUAGGGUACUAAGCGUAAAUGUACAUCUACAAGUUACACGGGGUGAAGCGUAUUGCACCGUUGGGGUACCUAGCCUAGUUAGGAUACCCAAGUCUGAUUGCCCCCAAUGGUUGCUAUGCCUCCCUAACUCUGUCAACAGUUACUCCUUACUAGGGUCCCGCCUUGAGCUAGGCGACAACAAUAAGUUUAAGGCUCAUUUUAGUUUAAUAAGUAAUAAUAAUAACUCCAAGUCUGUGAUAUUGCUCAGCUCAAUCAGGAACAGUGACCAUUGUUUCCUGCUUGGCGGUGGUCCUGUCGAGAUAGAUGCUAUUACUCGGAAAUUCGGUAUUAUAAAGGAUGUUGCAAAGAGAUGGAAACUACUAGGUCAUAAGUGUGCCCUGGUUAUUAUCAAUUCUCAUGAGACAUCUAGACUGCUAAUGAGACGUUAUUGCAAAACGUCUAACGAUAAUUGUAACGUUGUUCGAUUAACGUUAGCUCUCGAUAAAUUAUGGAACCUAUUAUUAAAAUCGCAUUUCGGUGGCAUCGAUUUAAUAUCGGUUCCCAUAAUAAUAAUAAGCGAACAGAAUUUAGCGAUAUUCACCGCCAGUUCUUCCAUUACGCUUAUCGUUUCUGAAAACGAAGUAACUGACCACAUCUCGCGAUCUUUCCUGGAAAAUCUCAAGCAACUCCGUGUACAAUCUUUUACUUCUCCAUUAUCUAAUGUCACUGUUACCGAGCUGAUGCAACGCAUAUGUGUUCCACUAUUAAAAAAGCGUAAGGGUAAUAAUAAUAACGAUAAUGAAUAUUAUAAGAAGAACAUUAGCAUCGGUAGUAGUAUUGAAGAUGAAAUUAAUAGUAGUAACAAUAAUCCAGAUGUUAUCGAAGACAUUGUUGACGUCGCUGUGUGCUACAAGACUAGUUGUAUAAUUACUAAUAAUGUUAGGAUCUUAGGGUCUCAAAAUGAUGGUAUUAGUCGUACCGAAGCAACAAUAUUUACUGUUGGUGCUCUUUCAUUUCAGGAUAACAAUAAGUCUAACAAGCGUCUAAAUACUAGUUAUAAGAUUAGCGAAUAUAGUAAAUCAGUGGGUUCUGAUCUUCAAUCUAACUUUACCAUUAAGUCUGUAUCUAAGUCUACGUUAAAAGAUAAAAUUAGAAUUAAGUGUGAAAUGUCUCAGACCGCUCGAUUUAACGAAUCUGACAAGAGAAAGCAAGUUAGGUUGGCUGCCAACAUUCCUAUAAUGACUACCUGCGAGCCUACGAUGACGCUUACAAGCCAAUCAGCCACCAUCACAUCCCAAACAAUCGGUGUACCUGUAUGUCGAGCGGAUAAUCAUCGCAUAUGUGAUGAUGGGAUGCGAUCAGAAUUUUUGAAUACAUUUCAGAAUGACCAAAAAAUAUGUAUCCAGCGUAUGUUGUUGGCAAGUCGCACAGAUGAUAAAUUAACGAAUGACUUGCGUCUUACACUAAACAAAUCUACUACACAAACUUACAUCGAGAAGCUCCGAUCUUUAUCUAUGGAUGAUUACGACUAUGAUGGUUCAGUGGAUUGCUAUUAUAAUCAUUGCAAGAAGGCAUCUAGUAAUCGUAGUCUCCAAAAUUCUUACUACGAUAAUGAUUAUGAUUUUAAUGUUUGCGAUUUCGAUAUUAGGAAAAUUUAUUCCAAAUCAAUUGACUUACAAUGGUCUACUUUAAUAUCGUAUCUACGCUAUUUAAUAUGUGCUUAUCAAAAAGCAUAUAAAAUGGACGGAACAAAACAUGAAGAUCUAUUGGGACAACUAAAGUAUUUAUUGAAUAUAUAUUUCAAUAAAUCAAUACGACAAUUAAACAAGAUUUACGAGCCAAUAUUAAGCUACAAACAACGAUGGGGUAUUUCAACGAUAUUACAAUUAGCAGGAGGUGGUGAAAGUUCGCUAAAUAGUGGAGGAGCUACUAAUUGGGGUUCUACGCAAGCUACUGCACCUAAUAAUAAUAAUACUAAUCAAUCAGGAUGGGUUGGUACACCAGGAAAUGCACCUGGAAAUGCUGGAACACCUAGCAAUUGGGGUGGAAAUUCUGUCAAUAGAUCAGUCUCUGGUAAUCCAAAUCAAAAUCAGAAUCAAGGCCCACCUGGUACACAAAAUACAUCAGGAAACGUGAAUAAAGUUAAUAAUCCGAAUCAACAAUCGAAUCAGCAAUCUGGUCCACCUACCUCUCAGUCAAAUUCUUCUCAAGGGAAUCAGAAUAGUAGUCAAUGGUCUCAGGGAAAAUCUAAUAAUCCAGGUGGUCCAGGACAAAAUCCACAAAACAAUAAUAACAGCGUACAACAACAACAAUCGGGAAGUUCUACUGGUGGUAACAAUCCAUCUAAUAACAAUGCACAAGGAUCUGUGAGUAGCGGAAACUCAUCAGCUAAUAAUAAUCCAUCGACUAAGCAACAGCUUGAACAAUUGAAUACCAUGAGGGAAGCGCUUUUUAGUCAAGACGGAUGGGGCUGUCAACAUGUGAAUCAAGAUACGAGUUGGGACGUACCAAGUUCUCCUGAGCCGAAUUCAGGCAAAGAUGGUAAUCCAUUAUGGAAACCAUCCGUAAACAAUGGUACUGACUUAUGGGAAGCUAAUUUACGAAAUGGUGGACAACCUCCACCUCAUCAACAAUCCAAAACUCCAUGGGGUCAUACUCCUGCAACUAACAUUGGUGGUACUUGGGGUGAAGAUGAUGAAACGACAGACACGUCGAAUAUGUGGACUGGUGCUCCAGCACCCUCUCAACCGAAUGCAGCGCAAUGGACUGCCGGUAAUCAAGCCGGUAUGUGGGGAGGAACAAGUUGGGCAGAUCCAAGAAUUGAUCAUAGAGAUCCACGUGAUUUACGAUCAGUCGAUCCAAGAGAGAUGCGAGAUCCACGAGAUCAUCGCAUGCCUCAUGAUCCUCGAGAACAUAUGCGUGUAAUGGAUCCUAUGGCACGGGAUCCAAGGAUGGGUGAUAUGCGAGGGGAUCCACGUGGUAUAUCAGGACGAUUAAAUGGUAGUAAUACUGAUGCAAUGUGGGGACAACCACCGGGUCCUCCGCAUCAUCAAAUGGGUCAUCAGCAUCCAUCUGGUCCUCCAACUAAGAUGCUCAAUCCUACUAACAUGAAUCAAUGGGCAGCACCGCCACCAAAGGAUAUGAUGCCUGGUAAACCUUCUGGAUGGGAAGAACCAUCACCACCAACUCAAAGGCGUAAUGUACCUAAUUAUGACGACGGUACAAGUUUAUGGGGAAAUCCGGCAGCAAAUCAACGCACAAUGCCUACUAGUAAAGUAUCACAUUGGAAAGACUUGCCAACCCCUAAUAUUGGACGUGGAGGUAUGCAAUGUCCACCAGGCAUGCCUCAGAAUAGAAUGCCUGGGCAACCAGGUAUGAAACCUGAUGUAGGAGGUCCAGGAAUGUGGGCUCAUCCUGGAGCUCCAGGUGGACGUAGUAACGGAACAUGGGCAGAUGGGCCUCAUGAUACUACCUCUUGGGAUGAUCCCAAAACACCAGCAACUUGGAACGAGCCUCCAUUAAAUCCAGCUACCUGGGGAGGUCCUGCUACUCAUAAACAAAAAUCAAUGGGACCUGCUGGUAGUUGGGUAGACUCUGACAUUGAUCCUACUCCUAGUUGGGGCCAUCCUGCUAAACCUGCAUUAACCAAGGACUUCAUUUGGAAUAGUCGUGAAUUUCGUUAUCUUUGUGACUUAGGAUAUAAGAAAGAAGAUGUGGAGUUAGCUCUGAGAAAUCGUGAAAUGAAUAGAGAAGAAGCGCAAGAACUUUUAAGUCAGAUUCGACCUCUUGAAUGGCCACGUCGCCAUGAUACACAUUCUGGUUACGAUCCAACUAAUCAACCAACUACUGCACCAGCAUACCCGAGAUUCAAUCAUGUGACACAACAGAUGUCUUUCCCACCGGGGGCAGGAGUGCCCAGUGCUGCGGCUACCGGAGGGGUAGGUGGUUCAGUGUCCAGUGCUAGUCUUCUGAAGCUUCAACAACAGCAACAGCAGCAAACAGUUCCACUGCAGCAACAACAACCGAGUACCAAUGCACCGCAGCCACCUUUCAACCAGGCAUCACGUGCACCACAAAAUCAACCAUCGAAUCAACAAUUGCGUAUGUUGGUACAACAAAUUCAGUUGGCUGCCCAAGAAGGAUAUUUAAAUCAUCAGAUAUUGAAUCAAGCAUUAUCACCACAAACAUUGAUUCUGCUAAAUCAAUUGUUGCAACAAAUUAAGAUUUUGCAACAGUUGCACCAGCAACAUUCUGUCCAGAGUUCAUUGAAGGGCAACAGUCCAUCAGUUUUGCAAAUAAGUGUACAAAUAACCAAAACCAAGCAACAAAUUGCUAACUUGCAAAAUCAAAUAGCUGUACAACAAGCAACAUAUAUGAAACAACAACAACAUCAACAACAUGCCGUUAAUAAUGCCCCACCAUCUCAGACAUUAGAGUAUUACAAGACUUCUGUACAUGAUCCCAUGUCAGUUUUACAAAACAGCUUCAGUGAUUUGACAAUGAACAAAGAACCACCAGUUAGUCAACAACAAUCGAGAUUAAAUCAAUGGAAAUUACCAUCUCUUGACAAGGAUGGUGAUAUAGGAGGAAAUGAGUUUUCUCGUGCUCCUGGUACUACCAGCAAACAGCCGACAGCUCCUGGUGGUUUAACACAAUCGCACAGUAGCCCCAAUAUGAAUUCUCUGCUAGGUCAAAGCGAUGGAACAUGGUCAUCUAGACUUGGUGAUAGUGGUUGGCCAGAUCCAGGGAAUUCAGAUUCCUCAGAUGCAAAAGAUUGGCAACCUGGAGGUGCAGCGUUCACUGAUCUCGUACCGGAAUUUGAACCUGGCAAACCAUGGAGGGGUACUCAGAUGAAAAGUAUCGAAGAUGAUCCCAGUAUCACUCCUGGUUCAGUCGUACGCUCUCCCCUAUCACUAGCUGCUAUCAAGGAUCCUGAUGCUAUAUUUUCAUCAAGUAGCAAGACUUCACCACCGCCGCAAAAUCCUAAUCCGGAUACAUCGAUUCCAAGUUUAAGUAAUUCUACAUGGACAUUUAACCCACCCGCUACAACGCCUACUGCAUUUACUAAUUCGAAAAAUACAUGGGAGUCAGCACCACCACCAACUGCCGUUACCUCAGAACUUUGGGGUGCACCGAUGAGUAAAGCACGAGGUCCUCCUCCUGGCCUAGGAAGUAAAGGUGCUGGUAGCACCAGUAAUGGCUGGGCUGGUUUAGGAACUGUCACUAAAUCAUCCAGUUCCUGGGGUGGCCUUCAAUCAAAUCCUGUUAGUAAUUCUAGUUGGGUUUCUACCUGGUUAUUAUUGAGAAACUUGACUCCACAAAUCGAUGGUUCAACUUUGAAGACAUUGUGCAUGCAACAUGGACCGGUGCAAGAUUUCCGUCUAUAUCUGAAUCAUGGAAUCGCUCUUACCAAAUAUUCGUCUAGAGAUGAAGCUAUAAAGGCACAAGGAGCUUUGAACAAUUGUGUAUUGGGAAAUACAACGAUAUUUGCUGAAUCACCUGCAGACAGCGAAGUGCAUACUUUAUUGCAACAACUAAGUCAUGGCGGUGGUCAACAACAAGCUGGUGGUUCUGGUGCGGCUAGUUGGGGCUUGAGACCAACCAACAAAGCUGGUCCACCUCCUGAUACCUGGGGAGGAAGUUCCAGCCAAUUAUGGGGUGCUCCGCCAACGACCAAUUCACUAUGGAGUAACACGGGUAUCGACACCAGUGACCAGCAAAGAGCAACUCCUAGUUCUCUCAACUCAUAUUUACCCGGAGAUCUUCUGGGAGGUGAGUCGAUGUAAAAAGAAGAAAAUGCGCAUUAUUAUUAAAAUCCCAAGCGCAUUAUUUAAUGAAGUUUGGGCGAACACAUCAUUAAUAAUAGUAUCAAGAAUGAACAAAAAAUAACAAAGUUUCAACAAACAAACAGAAAACAAAACAAAAAAAUAUCUACCAAUAAAAGCGGUGCAUAUUUUCUUUCUGAAUGAUCUGCCUCCUCGAGUUAAGAUCGGACAAGUAAACAAUAACAACAACAACAACAACAACAGAGUAGUAAAUGAUAAAAAAAAAACCUCGUAAUCCAAAGUUCUUAUAUAACUUUCUCCCCCGCUUGAGUUCCUCUGUAUAAUUGCAAGAAUUUUAAAUGAGAAAACACAAUUAACCUGCUUUUAUACGUCGUUAGUAAUAUAUAAAAAAAAAAAAAAAUGAAAUCAUUAGAGGCUCUAAAGUAUAAUACGGAGUCCCAUUAAAACACAACAACAAAUAAGAAAUAUAUAUAUAAACAAACAUACAAACAUAUUUCUCCAAAUUUUCAAUUGAAGAUGACUUUUAACGCAUAUAAAUUUGCGUUUGAUAUUCAUCUUAAAAGAAAAUUAAUGGAUGAAAUAAAUUAAAUUAAAUUAAAUACUACAUUAAAUUAAAUUAACUUAAAUUAAAUUAAAUUAAAUUAAAUUGAAUAAAUAAGAACAUAGACGGACGGGGUCUUCACGAAACACGUCAAUUAACAUUUAAAAAUAAAAUAAAAUAAUAAUUAAAUAAAUAAAUAAAUAAAUGAUUGCGAUAUGGGCUCUCACGCGAUGAGAAAUAUAUUCUAAUGAGUUACUUAACUAUAAAGAAGAAAAAAAAAAUAAAAUCACAUAAUAAUAAUAAACAAACAAACAAACAAAAAAAAGAUUACUAUAAAGUAAAAAUCACAUUCUCGUAUCUGCCUCGGAUUAUAAACGCAUAUGUAUAUAUUUAUAAAUAUAUAUAUAUACAACACGCACAUAAGUAUUUAUAUAUAAACACAUGUGCGUGUAUAUAAAUAUAUAUAUAUUGCAUAUAUACACCAGGUGUCACAAAACAAACAAAUAAAAAAAGAAAAAAAGGAAAAGAAGAAAAAAAGUAUAAUGGAAGUACAGCCAAAUGAUCUUAUGCGUUAGAUAUCUAAUUUUACAUGACAAAAGAAAACUUAAUAACUAAACUUACAGUCUGAUCAUUCUAAAGAGACUUACACGAUGAUAAUUAAACGUGGUGAGACUAAUUGUGAUCCACUUUUAUUUAAAGAAGAAGAAGAUGAAGAAUAAGAAGAAGAAGAAGAA